GCCAAUGCUUCGCUAGCAACCGAGAGCCUUGAAAACACAAGCUAAGUCUGAGCAAAAGGACUUGAUCUAUCAGAAAAAUAGACUUUUUUGCCACAAUUAUGAUGUAAAAGGCGACAUAGAUGGAAUCUCUCCCAGUGAAUAAGCAUCUUCUCCGAAUAAAUGUACGAGAAUUUUCGCCAUACACACGGUAGCGGGUCCGGGCCCGGUCCAAUAGAGAUCGACCCUGACAAAAUGAGAAAACCUUUGACAAAUGGCCAUGUUAGCAAGCAAAGCAUCGGUACCAACACCACGCCCAGUAAGAAUGAGCGACUCUGGUCACCCAACGUCAGUGAUUGGGAGCCUGAUGUAAAGAUGAUGAUGUCAACAGCCCAAUGGCUCAAGGUUCAUGGACUGAAACGGCGGAAGCUAGAUAUGGCUCAGAUUCUCCCAGCAUUAGGAUUCCGACACUCGGAUGAUUAUGUUAGACCCCUCAACAAGCCAGUCAGAGCCCGCUACUGCAAAGGACUCUUCACCCAAGUACCACUUAGAGAUGGAGCAGUGUACAAUCUGAUUGCCGGGAAAGAGAAAAUAUCUGAAAUUGAACAGCAGCUAAAGCAUGUAAUUCACCUGUAUAAAAGAAGACUGGAGUGGCUGACAACAGAGAGUCGGCGUAUCUUUGGUGUUAUUGAAGAGCGCUGUAUCAGUAUUAUCUUGGACAUUGAUGUGACGUCAGAUGCCCGGUUUGACUCCUAUCGACAUGCUCUGAUCCAAACCCUGAAGGAACAAGUCAUGUUCAUCUCAAAAAUCAACCUCACCAGGUGUGCUGCUGACAUGCACAUGUGGCAGGAGCAUGCCAUCAGUGUCACCCUCGACAGUAUGGAUGGAGCGCUAGACUGGGUCUUACAGCUGGAGAAGGUGGUGCCACGUACCAACACCUGCACUGUUGAAGCAGUUGCCAAGGCUCUCUCUGACGAGCAUGUUGAAGCUGUGUACUUGUUCACUGAGGGCUCUGCAUCUGAUGGCUCCAGAGAGAUGCUCAGGAGAAAGGUUGAAGGCAGUGAUAUUCCUGUGCAUGUUGUUGCAUUCAACUGCAAUAGUCCUUCUACUGUCAAGUUCUUGAGGGAAAUUUGUCAUGAGACAGGUGGAAGAUUCCAUGCAUUCUCUGUCUCAGAAGAAUUUGACGAGACCUUCUCAGACUUCCAUAUGGAUGACCAGCAACCAAAUGGGCAUGGUAGGGGUGAUGGUAUGCCUUCUCUCAAGAUAGGGGUAGGGGUGCGUGAGGAUGUCAUUACCUUAUGGGAGGAGCUGGACGAAGCAAGGAAUUGCUUGGCUGAGAUGCAGGCAUUGCUGUGUGAGCUGUCGGAUCCUAAGACAACGCCAGUUUCUACCGGUGUCCCCCCACCUAAGGACAAACCAGAAGCUGCUCCAAGCAUGAAAAGAACUAGCAAGACUAACGAGCUGUACAUGGGUUCUAGGGAUUGGCUUAAGCGACACGGCCUGAAAGGUCGACGUCUAGGAUUCUAUGACCUGCUUCAGACUCUAGCAUUCAAGCACUGCGAUGGAGUUGUUGACAUCCAACAUGCUCCGGAUUACGAUGGCACAGAUGCGAUCGUCCGUCCAAAGCUUAUCAAUGCACGCUACUGUGACAAGUUUGCGCAUGUGCGGUGGAAGGACGGCACCAUUAUGCAUGUGCACGUCAGUGGCCCAGUGCACCGCAACUACGAACAGCGCAUGCUCUCUGCACUUGACUCUUACAGGAAACGGAUGGAGUGGUUGCAGCAGGGAAGCCGCGAGCUCUUCGGUACCAUUAUCGAGGACCAGGUGACCAUCCUUAUCGACACCUCAGCGUCCAUGUCCUCUCGCCUUUUUCUUGUCAAGGACAAGCUCUACCGACUAAUGCAGGAGCAACUUCGUCACAAGGUGAAGUUCAACCUGAUGAAGUAUGACACUCGCGUCCAGGCUUGGCGUGACAGACUCGUCGACUGUAACAGUCACAACCUUGAUAAUGCGUGGCAGUGGGUUAAGGGGCUCAGCACGGGCGGAUCCACAAACACCCUGGCAGCCCUCAAACUAGCUCUCACCGACCCGCAGUGCCGCGCUAUAUACCUACUGACGGACGGCAGGCCAGACCAGCCUCCCUCGUCCAUCUUGGCACAGGUACACCUCCUCAACCCAGUCCCCAUUCACACGAUUUCGUUCAACUGUGCUGACACGGAGGCUAACGAAUUCCUGUGCAAACUCGCUGCCGAUACGAAUGCAAGGUUCCACUACUUCUCAGAGGAUGGAUAUGAUGUAAACGGACCGAAACCAUUUGAGAGUGAAGAUCUGCGUCUUCUGCGUGAGGAAAUCGAAAAAGGUCUAAAAGAUUUGAAGAAAGUGGCGUUGCUACGCAACGAGUGCUCACAGCUCGACUGGUACGGCUCCAACGCUGGCCGCUGCUCAAAAAGUCAUCCUCGAUCUAUAACCGCAUCAGGCAGCCAUUCUGCGCCCAACGGCCUGACCCCCUCCCCCCCAAAUACCAUGCGCCCAUCCAGCGCCCGCGUUCGUCCCGCUAGUGCUCGUGUACGCCCCGCGAGCGGUCGUUCCACCGCCUCGAGUCGUCGGUCCCGUCCCGCGAGUGCUAAAAUCUCUCACAGCAGCUACAAGGAUUACCUCGUGAGUAGCGCCUCUCGGGACAUCCCUCGGGUCGUUCCGAGCGAGACGCGGCCGAGCGUCGGGGAGACUAGGACGAGCCAGUUGCGGUUGAACAUGAGAAAGCAGAGCGGUGAUUGGAUGAUGCGAGAAACCCGCGAGUACCUUGCGAGAAACCCCGAAGACUACCGCAAGCCCCGAGGUAGAGGACGAACAAAAAAGAGAAGAACGGCCAAGAAAGAUAUCGACGACCGGGACAUGCCUGUUAAAAAAUGGCUAAAGAAAUAUGGUCUAGCCGCUCAGAAGCUGACGAUCCUUGAUGCGCUGUCCCCAACACUGAUUCCCCACACCACCAAAUACGUUCCCAUCCUGAACAAACAUAUCCUGUCCAAGGUCUUUGACCAGGUACUCCCCUUGGCCCACACGUCUGGUAGUAAUCGCGACGAGGUCCAGCUUGUCAAUCCCCAGGCCGUAAAUCUCAAAGCUUAUGAGAUUAAGCUCCAGUCCGCUAUUGAUCUCCUCACCCGAAAACUAGAUGAGCUCGUUUAUUUUGGACUGAGUGAUCAGGAAAGAGUGAAGUAUCCCGAAGAAAAAGUCCCGUCGUUCCUUCAACACAGGGAGUCCAUGAUGAAGGACUUGGAGGAGCAAGAAUGGCAGGUUCCACAAGAGGACAUCCUGGCGCUGGAACGAGAAAUAAGCCAAGCCAACACCUUUAUGCAACAGUCCAUGGACCUCAGGACCACUUCUGAACAGGCGGCACGAGAAAUCGCCGAGCAACAGAAAAGAGCGCGGGAAGAAAUGGAAAAUAAACGAUUUAAGACAAUUAUGGAAAAGCCGGCCGCAGCCCCUGCGCAGCCUACCCCCCAAGGGAACAAGUUUCGUCUUCGCCAUCAUAAGGUUCUUGCCCGUAAUGAGGUGGACGGAUUCUAUUACCCAGGCCUCGUCAGCAAGUGCAUUAACUCGCGAUACGUAGAGGUAGACUUCAACGACUGUGAACGACAGGCUGUGUCGGUCAGAUAUGUGAUCCCUGUGGAGGGGGCCAGGCCCUGUCCGACCUUAAAGGUGGGGGAUUACGUGCUGGUGCGGACCCCCGUGCCACGAGAAGUCGAGGACGACGUCAUAGCGGACGGCGCGUGCUGCUACGUGCCUGGGAUCGUGCAGGUUGUCCCUCUCCGCAAAUCACCAGCCACUAGGUGCUACACCAUUCUCAGGUUCAACGGCAAAAAGAUUACAUCGUUACGGAGAGACCUUGUAAAGAUCUCCAAGACGCGCUACACGUUCGCCUGCCGCUACAUCCGCGACGCACUCAUCUCCGCGUACAAAGCGUCAUCACCGUUUGGAUUGUACCCCAAGGAAAUCGACGAGGGCAGGGAGGUCAUUAUAUCUAAGACUGGAAAAGCCGAGGAGGUAAAGCCUCGAAGCCGGACCAGUAGUAGUAGCUCUAGCAACCAUUCUCGAAGAAGCCGAUCACGAGGCAGCAACGGAAGCCGGGGUAAAGCACAAAGUCCAUCUGGAAGUCGCUCACGAAGUCGUUCCCGAUCGCGAAGUCAGAGCCAAAGUCGAUCCCGAUCAAGAAGCCGUAGCCGAAGUCGUUCCCGAUCACGUAGUCGGAGCCGAAGUAGUUCCCGAUCACGUAGUCGGAGCCGAAGUCGUUCCCGAUCACGAAGUUUAAGUGGUGGCAGCAGUCAGUCAACUCGAAACUCGAGUCCUGCGGGAAGCAAGAAGAGUACCCCAAGAUCAUCUAAAGCCAGCCCAAGGUCGAGUCAACUGGAAUCGUUGCAGCGCGAGUUGGCGGAGAAGCACGAGUCCCAGCUUAACGAGUUACGCGAGCAAAGAGCGCGGCUCGAGGAAUUGCAGCAACAGCUAUCUGCGGAGCAGGCCAAGCAGAGGGAACAGCAGCUCUUGCUGGAGGAAAAGCAGAAGACUGUGACGGAGGAGCAGCAGAAGCUUAUUCAGGCGCAAAUUGACGAACAGAGGGAGAGACAGAAAAGGUUACAAGAAGAGCAAGAGCGCCUUCAGGAAAAACAAGAAGAUUUCCUCCGUAAACAAAAAGAGCAACAGGAGCAGCUACUACAGCAGCAGCUUAACCAAUCACAGACGCUCCAGCUACAACAGCAGCAACUCGCUCAAAUGCUGGCAAACAGUCUGCAAGCCAAACAAGACAAGGCCAUCGGCACCGAUCAACCAGAAGUGACGUCACCAAGAGCGACUCCGAGGGCGUCCCCUAGAGCUUCUCCUAGGGCGUCCCCUAGGGAUCAAUCCUCGCAUUCUUCUCCUCGAAACUCUAGGAACAGCUCGAGAAAGUCUUCUCCCAAGCCAUCUCCAAGGUCUUCACGUCCAACCUCCAGCCGGAAGUUGAGCCGCAAGUCGAGCCGGAAGUCAUCCCGUCCCACUUCCGGUCAGCAGUCUCCCGUGAAUGUGAGCGGAAGUGAUACGGACAGCUCGGACUCGGACUCGUCUGUGUCGUCCAAGGCGUCAGAGGGAAAGCCUGACAAGAGUGCGCCUGAUGUGGCCGACGGAGGUCCGGGCGGAGAGGAGGAAGGGCCGCCAAAUGUGCAGUUCCACGUGUCUGGUGAUAAUGAGGCGUGUCUUGUUACCAAAGGCUCACACGGCUUGUUGAUCUCUCGCCGACCACCAGAUGAGGACCCUGCGAUCGAGACGCGCCCCAUCCCCAGGAAGGUGAAGGUUGGCGACGAGGUGCUGGCCCGCUGGGCAGAUGAGGGCUGGUACUACAGAGGGACUGUGCGUCAGGACUGUGCGGACGGUACAUAUUUUGUGGAGGACAGUGUGGGUGACUUGGAGCAGAUUCAUCGAAGUGACAUGAUCACAGAUGAAGAUGACGCAGAUAACGUGAUUAAGCCUGGUGAUCCCAUCGUUGGUUUGCAUCCGAACUUUUCCUACAGCUACGCCCCAGGUGUCGUGAUAAGCCUGGAGGCGGGAAACAUGCACCAAACGCGCUACUAUGACGGGAUCGAGGCCCUGCUUCCGAGAGAGGAACUCUACAAACUCACGCCGGAAAAAUUUGAGAGUGACUGCGCAUAUAUCCUGGCAUGCGAGGAAAGCCUUGUCGGCCAGGCAGUGGUGGCCAGGAAUGACAAGGAUGGUACAUUUAACCUUGGAACCGUGCGAGAGCGGGUCGGUAACGGACGACAGUAUAUCAUUGAAUGGGCGGAUCAGACAGUACAGCUCCAGAGCUCUGGGUACAUGUUCGGCGCGCAUACCAAGAGGCACCCGCUGGCCAUAGGUGACCGCGUGCUCGCCCUGGCUGACGCCGCCUCCUAUGUCUACAUCCCAGGGUGGGUCACGGGGAGUAACGGCAGACGACUUGUCGUCAAGUUUUGUAAUGGAAAAAGCUCCAGCCAUGUGGACCCCCUGCAGUGCUUCUGGUUAUCACGUGAUUACUACGACGGUGUUGUAGAUUUCUUUCUCAAGAAAACAAAGGAAGGUUCUCCGUGACAAUGCGAAACUCCUUUAAGCCACCGCGAAUAACAAAGAAUCCCUUGAAGGAUCUUCUUCGAAAAUAUGAAGAAAGAAGAAGGAAACGGCCUGAAGUCUCGGAAUAGAGACAUUAUUGUCAGCUAUGAAUAUAGGAUCCAGAUUAAAAUACCUUCAUCGCGAGCUCCCUGUGGCUUGGGACCAAAGCGAGGCUACGUGUUUAUAAUGCACGCUUUUUUUCCCAUUACAGACUGUAGGAUAGAUCGAAGGAUGCUUCGGUGUCGCAACGCCGACAGUCUGUUGUUUCAUCUAGAUUAAAUGACAUUGUAAGGAAAGAUUGCUCUCGACACGUAUGAUUGUAGAUUCUAAAAGAGCGUGCUUUGCGCUCGCUUUCCCAUCCCUAUUUUAUAAAGCUUGUUUUAUUAUUUCAAACAUUUUGUAAUUGUGACUUAAAGUAUCACCCGAGAUUACCCACAUAGUCAUCGUCUUUAGGAGAAACUACUGUGACGCAUUUAAGAUCAACGUUAUAAAAAAAUAAAGAAAGUAAUUUUAUGGU